CGGAAUACUUCCGUACGUAGAAAAUUCUCGUGCCUGUGGAUAAUGACCUGGACCAACAAAAAUCGAGCUGCCAGCAACCCAAAUAUCCCGAAUCGCAAUGCCGGACGGACCAAAUCAUGUCUCCGGACGGAGUAAACCAUAACACCGGACCCACCAGUACUCACGCCAUGGCGCCGUGCUAACUCCGUAUGAAGCCUUUCGUAUAAAGAAGGUGACGACAUCAUAGCCUAUUCACAGCCCGGAUCAGUGUACACCUGCGAUUCUGUAUUCCCUGUGCUCAAAGGAUCUGCAUACCAGACACGCCAACUUCGAGCGGCGCAAGUGAACCUUGCAUAUCACCACCCCUGACGUCCAACAUCCCAGUCUGAGUCCACGCUGCUGCAAGAUGUCCGACCAGAAGAAGUACGCCAACAAGCUCCACGGCGCACGCGUCCUUGUCAUCGGCGGGUCCUCCGGCAUCGGCUUCUGCACUGCGGAAGCGUGUGUCGAAUACGGCGCCCUCGUGACGGUGGCUUCCUCCAACCCGGCGAAAGUCGAGGCCGCCGUCGCCAGGCUACAGGCGUCCUACCCGUCCGCCAAGGCCAACGUGCACGGCCUCACCGUCGACCUCUCCAAGCCGGACACGCUCGAGUCCGAGCUGCAGUCCCUCUUCGAGCGGGCCGCGCAGGCCAUGGGCGGCAGCGAGCUCCUGGACCACGUCGUCUUCACGGCCGGCGACGCGCUGGCGACCAUGAAGCUGGCCGACAUGACGAUGGAGGCCAUCCUGCAGGCCGGCCAGAUCCGCUUCUUCGCGCCGCUGCUGGCGGCCAAGUUCAUCCCGCGCUACGUGCGGCCGUCGCGCGAGAGCAGCUACACCAUCACCACGGGCAGCAUCAGCGAGCGGCCCAUGCCGGACUGGAGCGUCAUCGGCUCGUUUGCCGGCGGGCACCACUCCAUGGUCCGGAACCUGGCCCUGGACCUGCGGCCGAUCAGGGUCAACGGUGUCAGUCCCGGGCCGGUGGAUACGGAGCUCUGGAGGGUGCCCAAGGAGGAGAAGGACCGGCUGAUGGAGCAGUACGGCAAGCGGAUGGCGACGGGGAGGACGGGGAGGCCGGAGGACGUUGCGGAGAGCUAUGUCGCGUGCAUUAGGGACUACAAUAUGGAUGGCGCGAUCAUCAGGACGGACGGCGGCGGCCUGUUGAUGUAGUGUGUGAUGUCUGCGUUGGGACAGACUCGGCAGGGGAUAUGAAAAUAUAACGUAUCUUAUAACGUAUCUUAUCAGCGAGCCGAUCAUAUCAGCGAGCCGAUCACUUUUUGCCGCAACGCGUCAUUUUCAC